AUGCCGAGCUUUGAUCAGAACCUUCAUCCAGAGGAGAGAUUUUCGCCUCGUGACCUCAUUAAGAAAAUCAAAGAGCAGAAGGAAGAACUGGGCCUGAUCAUUGACCUGACGUACACAACUCGCUACUACGGGCCAGAGGAGCUCCCAGCCACACUCUGCUACUCAAAGAUCUUGACGAUGGGACAUGAAAUACCAAACAGGCACACCAUUUUUCAAUUCAAAUGCAUUGUAAAAAAGUUUUUGAGAGACAACAAAGACAAUGAUAAACUCAUCGGAGUUCAUUGCACGCAUGGCUUGAACAGAACCGGCUACCUGGUUUGUAGGUACCUGAUUGAUGUUGAAGGCAUGGAGCCAAAUACUGCAAUAGAGUUGUUCAACAGGGCUCGAGGGCAUCCUAUAGAGAGAACCAACUAUAUCCAAGAUCUUCAGAAGAGAUCUGUAAAAAAGAACUGCGGACUAAAGAAUUUGGCCUCGGGCCCCUUCAGGGAAAAAGCCGGCGCUACACCAAACACUAAAAAGCAGAUGGCCAAACAUCAUCCGAACCAAUCGCCCUUAGCGGUGCCCAGGCUCCUCCCGUCUCAGCAGGGAUGGCAGGGGAACAGCGAAUGCAGAAACUCCGGCAGCGCCAAGAAGAACCGCAGGCGAGGCGCCAAGGCGCAACGCCAGGAGCUGGCGACCGAGCACGGGGCGACCGAGCGAAGGCGGCCGUGCAGUUUGGCGGCGAGGAACUGUCAGGUUUCGUUGCCCGCUAACGAGCGGCGCAAUGGAUUGUGCUUUCCCCCCCAGAGCCCCCACCUCUGCCCGCCCCAGGAAAGGCAAGGGGCCAGGAAACGCAGGCGCCGGCGUAGGAAACCUGUUGUGACGGCGUAGGGAACGUCGCACGCGACGAAAAGCCCCAAGUCCAGGGCUGCGUCUCCAUCCCGGAGGAGCUCUGAGACGGGUCUCUCACCGCAUGAACGAGCGGCUUUGCUGUAACCUCCACCAGCAGUCGGGAACUGCAGACGCAGGUGUUCUUUGUCUUCACAAAGCUCUCUUUUUCUUAAAU